CUGGCCCUUCAUCAGUGCGCGCAUCAGUUCAGCUUCGAUCAUGACGGACGAAACAACGCCACUCACCGCCGCCGUAGCCAGUGGCUCUGGUUAUGUGGCGCUGCCUCCUUAUCAAGGACCAGAACACGUAUUUCCAGGCGGUGUCUCACCGCGUUCGCGUCGCAGCAAAAUGAAACAGUUCCAGUGUUGCAUGGGAAUUACAUUCAUAGUCAUUGUGUUUGUCGCCUUGGGCCUGGCCCUGUUGUUCGACGACUCGCUCAGCAACACGGAUGGUGGUCCCAGCUUUUUCUUGGCUAUAAAUGGAACAGAGAUGGAGCUACCACCGACGACACCAAUUCCAGAUGAGCCGGAAGCGGAUUGGGCCCUAAAACAGGCGGCUGUCGAUCGUCAUGAGGAGGCUCGAUCAGUUGGCGUCGGCAUCAAGGCGCUGGGGGAUCGUGAGAUAUUGGAGGAAGGCCUACAGCCGAAUGAGGUCAACACGCCAGCGUUCCGGCACUAUCGUUCCCUGAGCACCAAUCCAGAGGCUCGGAAACUGGCCCGUCGUGGUUACGUAGAGAACCAGGCGACCAUGGACAUUGCCCGAAGAUUCAACUAUACCAAGCAGCCGGGUCGAAGUAAUAUUGGCUGGGGCCCACAGAUCGUGCUGCCGGAUCCCACUGUGCUCCGGUUGGACUGCGACUUCAAUGCCCGCUACAGGCGAUCUACUGGCGUCUGCAAUAACAAAGAGCAUCCGCGCACAUUUGGAGCCUCGAUGGUGCCCUACCGCCGCAUGGUGGCACCGGACUACUCCGAUGGCAUUGCAGCUCCCAGGACCAGUCACGAUGGACACCUGCCGCCGGCACGCCAAGUCUCCCUGAAGAUUCAUCGUUCCAGCUACGAGACGGACUCAAACUUCACCGUGAUGCUGGCGGUCUUCGGCCAGUUCAUGGACCACGAUAUCACCGCCACAUCGCUGACCACAUCCCAAGAGGGCGAGUCCAUCAACUGUUGUGCGGCAGCCACACGCGAACAGCACCCAGAGUGCUUUCCCGUGGAGAUACUCCCCGACGAUCCCUACUACAAGCGGUACAAUGUCACCUGCAUGAACUUUGUUCGCUCUGCGCCGGCGCCCAUGGGCAGAUUCGGGCCGAGGAUGCAGCUGAACCAGGCCACCGCUUUCAUUGAUGCCUCUGUGGUGUACGGCAAUCUGGAGCAGCGGCAGAACCAGCUUCGGAGCUUCAUCAACGGCACGUUGCGCAUGUUCCUAACUGACGACGGACGAGAGCUGCUUCCGAUCUCGUCCAAUCCGGCAGAUGGCUGCAAUCGCGUCCAGAUGACACGACAGGGCAAGUACUGCUUCGAGUCUGGCGACGAUAGGGCCAACGAGAAUCUGCUGCUCACCUCCAUGCACCUGCUUUGGGCCAGGCACCACAAUAAUCUGGCUCGAAGCCUGCACGAAGUGAAUCCCAACUGGGACGAUGAGCGGAUCUACCAGGAGGCUCGUAAGAUUGUCGGCGCACAGAUGGCCCACGUCACCUACAAUGAGUUCCUGCCGGUGCUGCUCGGCAGGAAUCUCACUCGGGUCAAGGGUCUGCUACCGGCCAGCCACAAUCUCGACGAGCCGGAUACCUACGAUCCCCAGGUGGAUCCCAGCAUUGCCAAUUGUUUUGCUGCGGCCGCCUUCCGGUUUGCCCACACCCUGCUGCCGGGUCUGUUCAAUGUUUCUCGGGACAAUAGUACGCCCGAGGCAAUAGAGCUGCACAAGAUGCUCUUCAAUCCUUUCUCGCUGUGGAAUGAACACGGCAUUGACCACGCCCUGAAUACAGCUGCCAAUACGCCAGUGAUGCGCGUGGAUCGCUUCUUCUCUCUGGAGGUCACCCAGAAACUGUUUGAAGGCAAUCCCGACGAUCCGGUUCCACUUUGCGGUCUGGACUUGGUCUCUCUGAACAUUCAGCGUGGUCGCGAUCAUGGUAUACCCGCCUAUCCGGUCUUCCGGCGUCACUGCCGCCUGCCCCCGGUGGACACCUGGGAGCAGAUGGCCCAGGCCGUUGACAACGCCACACUGGCGUCCAUCAAGCAGAUAUAUGAAUCCCCGCAGGAUGUGGAUGUCUAUACGGGAGCCGUCAGCGAGCCACCGCUCGAGGGUGCCAUCUUUGGUCCGCUGCUGAGCUGCAUGGUCUCCGACCAGUUCCUGCGCCUCAAGCUGGGCGACUCCCACUGGUACGAGCGGAAAAUGGGACCCCAGAGGUUCACCAAAGGACAACUGACGGAGAUCUACAAGACAAGUCUGGCCGCCAUCAUCUGCCGAAAUUCGGAUGGAAUAACGCGAAUUCGAGAGAGUGUCAUGGAGCGUCAUCGAGUGGAUGACAAUCGCUACGUCAACUGUCAGGAUUUGCCGGGCUUCAACUUGGAUCUCGAGGCCUGGUCAGAGGCCAAGCAGGCGCCAGAGCUCCACAGGACGAGUAUCAGUCGGGCGGACAAGGCGGUGCGGGUAAUAUCAAAGGAGUCGAAGAGAGCAAUCAAUGUCACGCUGGAUCCAGGAAGUGUUGGAAAUGUAUGAGGUUGAAUAGGAUCGGCUAAAAACCCAUUGUUGUAUGAAAAAAUGCCAAAUAAUUGUGAAAAUCCAAAACGAAUCUGCAGUUUCCGGGCAUUCCAUUCCGGACAGCGUCCUUUAGCUGCCCAGCAACAACAUCAUGAUAAGGCACUUCAAUUCCUAUUUACUUGCCUUUUAAAGUGCAUAUUACAUACUCGUAUAGUCGUGUCUAAUUGUACUUAUUAAAAAUAUAAAUUAAUAGCAAAUAAUGACAAUUAAAGUAAGCUUGUAAUCAAA